AUGGCAGAUUCCAAGUUUUUGCUCAAAUUUAAGGCUCUUGCGACACUGUUAUUGGAUUUUGAAAAUGAAUAUAAUGCCAUAACACCAGGUGAACUUACUAUGUUCACUAUGGAGCCUCGAAAAGUUGAACUUAACCGACUUUGGUCUAGGAUAAAUGAAUCCUAUGAGAAUGUUUGUGUUGAGUGUAGUGCAUCUAAAGAAAGGGAAGAGGCAUCACAACUUUAUAGACAGUGUAAGGAAGCAUAUAUGAGUUGUGCAGCGCAAAUGGGCGAAUUAUCUCAGUCCUUUGUAGAACAGUCCGCUAUGUCGUCUACAAUGGCUAGCCCUAAUCAUAUACCAAGGGCAGAAAGAUUGGAAUUUUCUUUUGCUGACCACCGUCUGCGUUUGCCUCCGUGCACCACAGAAAUAUUUCACGGCGAUUAUUUGUCAUGGCCGUCAUUUAGAGACAUGUUUAAGCCAGUUUAUAUUGAUUGUAGAUCAAUCACCCCAGUAGAAAAGUUGUUUUAUUUGCGUCAAAGCACACAAGGGGAAGCUUUAGAAAUUGUUAAAAAAUCUCCUUUAACAAAUGAUGGUUUUGAAAAUGCCUGGACAAAUCUGAAAGAUCGUUAUGAAAAUAAACGGAUCUUGGUAAAUAAUCAGUUGAAAAUACUUUUCAGUCUAGAAUCAAUGAAAAAUGAAUCUGCUGGAGAAAUAAAACGACUUCAAAGGGAUAUUAAUAAUUGUAUAACGGCUUUGAAGUUACACCAGGUGAAUAUAGAAAGUUGGGAUCCAAUAUUUGUGUUUUUAUGCUCCACUAAAUUACCAACUAACACCUUAUCGCUUUGGGAGCAAACGGUUAGUAAUAAAACCGAGAUAAGCAAAUGGUGUGAUCUUGAUAGUUUCCUUACGGCCAGAUUUCAGUCACUGGAGACUGUAUAUGAUUUAAAGCAUACUGAAGAUGCUAAACCUAGUGGAAACAAAAAUCCCCACGACGAUUCUCGAUCAAGCAGAAAAUUUAAAUCUUACCAGGUGAACGUAAAUCAAAAAUCUUGUUUUGUAUGUUCGCAAGAUCAUUGGUUGAAAUCUUGUCCACAGUUUUUAAAGAUGAGUCAAGAACAAAGGUUUAUUGUUAUAAAGCGAAACAAUCUCUGCCUAAACUGUUUCAGUAAUAACCAUAAACUUAGUCAGUGUACCAAAAAAAAUAGUUGCUCAAAAUGUCGUUUAAAGCACCAUACCCUUUUGCAUAGAGAGUCUAAACCAUCAGAGUCUAUUGCUAUUGCGAAUUCUGAUGCCCAGCCUAGCACUAGCAGACAAAUUGCUUCGAGCUCUUCUAGUAGUGGACCGACAGUGCAGAAUUGCUUUGCAGCUUCUCGAAGACAGGUUCUCCUGGGAACGGCCAUUGUUCAAAUUGAGGUAAAUGGAAUCAUAUUUUCGGCUAGAGCUUUAAUUGAUUCGGGUUCUCAGGCCACAUUUAUUUCAGAGAAAUUGCAACGACAGCUCAAUCUUCCAAUUAAAAAGGUCAAUGUGAGAAUUUCAGGUCUAAAUGAUGCAUUAGCGGGAUCGGCUGAAAAACAAUGUACAUUUGUUUUGAGAUCGCCUCACAAUAGCUUUGAGAUGCAAGUUUCUAGUUUGGUUUUACCAAAAUUGACGGGAAAACUUCCUACGUACACUUUAGAUAUUCCUGACACGUAUUCUAUAGGAAUUGUGCCCUUAGCCGACCCAAAAUUUGCUAAAAGUGAUCAGGUCGAUCUUUUGAUAGGAGGUGAUAUUUAUCCUCAAAUUUUACUGAAUGGUGUGCAACGAAAUGUUUUAGGUUCUCUUGUGGCACAAGAAACUAUUUUUGGUUGGGUUUUAACAGGCCCAAUUUGGAAUGCAAACCCGGGGACUUUUACGACUUGUGUCUCUUUUUGUACGGCUGUAGAGGUGGAUAAGAUUUUAGAAAAAUUUUGGAAAUUAGAAGAGCCGCCUAAAAUCUCAGAAUACAGCGCUGAAGAUGAAUAUUGUGAAGAGGUUUAUAAGAAAACUACUAAGAGAUUAUCGGAUGGAAGAUACGUGGUUUCUUUGCCUUUCAAGCCUCAAUUUGCUGAUGGAAACAGUUUGGGGGUUUCAAGAACAAGAGCUUGUCGACAAUUUUUGAGAAAUGAGAUGUCAUUGUCCAAAAAACCGGAAUUCAAGUCCAUAUAUGAUAAUGUUUUGGAGGAAUAUGUGACACUCGGUCAUAUGAUGGAGGUUACCCAUAGUCUAGAAGAUGUGUUCUCCUUUUAUAUGCCGCAUCAUGCGGUAAUAAAACCCGAAAGUUCUUCCACGAAGGUUAGGGUAGUUUUUAACGCUUCCAGCAAAUCGAGUACGGGCUUGAGUUUGAAUGACGUUCUCUAUCCUGGUCCCAUUUUACAGAAUGACUUGAUGUUAUUGAUAAUUCGCUGGCGAUUUUAUCGUUUUGUAUUUAAUGGUGAUAUAGAAAAAAUGUAUCGUCAAAUUUGGUUGCAUAAAGAACAUACCAAGUUCCAGAGAAUAGUUUUUCGAAAAGACCCCUUUGGUGUUAACUGCGCACCAUUUUUGGCUAUUAGAACUUUGCUUCAAUUAGCCACUGAUGUUGAAAAGGAUUUGCCUUUAGCGGCUAAAAUUUUAGGCCGUAUGAUGUACGUGGAUGAUGCUCUCGCUGGGGCUCAUGAAUUAUCAUUAGCAAUUCAAGCUAGGGAUCAAUUGAUUCGCGCUCUGUCUUCUGCGGGAUUUUCUAUGAGGAAAUGGACAUCAAAUGAAGAGAAAAUUUUGGAAGGACUGCCGCUUGACCAUCUUCUCUCGGAAAAUUUUUUGGAGAUUGAGGACGAGAGCAAUGCGAAGACAUUAGGUAUUAGAUGGAAUGCCAAGGGCGAUU